AUGGGGGGAAGGCUUAACAUUCCGCCGGAGGUUUUCAUGGUUCGACCCGACGGAACAGGGAGAACUAUGAUUCACUCAGGCGCGCCGUUCACGAUCCUUAUAAGGCCUGCUUACGAUGUAUUAGUAGCAGGUUUAGAAGCAGCGUUCUCGGUGAUGGGUGAAGCGACCGUGAGGAGGAUCCCUAGCGAUUUUAAGCCUUUGGAGCCGUGCCACGAGGUGGCGAACCGGCAAGCUUUUACGGGGUUUCCAUGGAUCACCUUCCAUUUCGACAACAAUGCCGAUCUGAAUUUGGAUGCGUUGAAUGCUUUCUAUAUGGUGAAGAAUGAAGCUGGAAACAUCGAGUUUUGCUUUGCAAUGAUUCCUGACGAUAAUCCUCAUGGUAUGACCUCAAUCGGAGCGUUCCAACAGACUAAUCACCGCUUCAUAUAUGACACAAAAGGAUUCAAGCUGUUGUUUGGUCAUGAGAAUUGUUUUGAGACUUCUUAA